CUGCCGGUCCUGGACUACGGCCGACAAGGAUGGUCGAGGCGAUGGGGUGGUGAAGGUUUGCCGGCUUGUAUAGCAGCAUAUGAUCUGAAGAGCAGGCAGGAAAAAGAUUCCCUCAGCCCCAGGUUUGCACACCACUACCAGUGGCAGGCGCCGGCAAGGAAGCCAUUCACAUCCAGUGCUUGAAAGCACCACCCAAUUAAAGAUGAAAGGCGCCACCGUCGAGGUCCAGAUCGUGUCCAGGCGUGUCAUCCGGCCAGAGCCGGCGACCUCGCCGGACGGCGGGCCGCCGGAGCCGGAGAUCAUGCACCUGACACCAUGGGAUCUCCGCAUGAUCGCGGUGGAUUACAUCCAGAAGGGAGUCCUGCUGCCCAAGCCCCAAACAGGAGGAGAAGCGGCGCACCUCGUCGACAGCCUUGCCUCGUCCUUCGCGCGCGCCCUCGACCGAUUCUACCCUCUGGCCGGCCGCCUCACCGUCGCCGAGGCCACCGACGGCGGCGUGCCCGGUCCGGGCAUCGUCGUCUCCCUGUGCUGCAACGGCGAGGGCGCCGAGUUCGUCCACGCCGUGGCGCCGGAGGUCACUGUCGGCGACAUCACGGCGCCGGUGUACAUCCCGUCGGUGGUGUGGUCGCUCUUCCCGUUGAACGGUGCGCUGGGCACGGACGUGUCCCUCCCUGUUCUGGCGGCGCAGGUCACCGAGCUCGCCGACGGCGUCUUCGUGGCCAUGUCGCUCAACCACGGCGUCGCUGACGGGACGACGUUCUGGCACUUCUUCAGCACCUGGUCAGAGAUCAGCCGGAGCGGCAGUAGUGAUGCCGGCGGUGAGCUCUCCACGCCGCCGCCGGUGCUCGAGAGGUGGUUCCUCGAGACUAGCUCGGUGCCUAUCACUCUGCCCUUCGGCAAGCUGGAAGACAUCGUCCGGCGGCCGGAGUACCCCCCGGUGCAGGAGUGCUUCUUCAAUUUCUCAGCGGAGAGCGUGAGGAAGCUGAAGGCGAGGGCGAACGCCGAGAUGGCCGGCACGGCGACGGCCACCAGCACCAUCUCGUCGCUGCAGUCCCUGCUCGCGCACACAUGGCGAGCGGUGUGCCGUGCCCGGGAGCUCGCGCCGGAGCGGGAGACGACGUACUUCCUCCUCGUCGGAUGCCGGGGACGUGUGAAAGGUAUACCGCGGGACUACGUCGGCAACAGCGUGGCGUCUGCCGUCGCCAGAUGGACGGCCGGCGAGGUCGUGGAGAAAGGUCUCGGCUGGGCGGCGUGGCUCUUGAACCGCGCCGUGGCGUCGUUCGACGAGGCGACGGUGAGGGACAACCUGGCGUCGUGGCCGCAGGAUCCAAAGUUCCUGUACGUGAAGCCGCCGGGGGAGGCCGCCGCCGCCAUCAUGACCGGGAGCUCGCCGCGGUUCGACGUGUACGGCAACGACUUCGGGUGGGGCCGGCCGGUGGCCGUCCGAAGCGGCGCCGGGAACAAGACGGAUGGGAAGGUGACGGUGUACGCGGGGCGCGGCGGCGCGGGCAGCAUGGCGCUCGAGGUGUGCCUGGAGCCCGAGGUGCUCGCCAGGCUCGUCGCCGACGAGGAGUUCAUGGAGGCGGUGAGCGCCGCCGCCACCGCGUGAAGACGGCGCCAUGGUGGCUCCUCCGCUGCUUGUCGCCGCCGACGAUGAGGGAUUCCGGGCUUGGAGUGCGCGCCUCGUGAGUCGUGAGUGCUUCUUCAUUUUCUCGUGAGUCGUGUGUGUGGUUUCAGAGGAACAAGCCCAUUUUCGGGCAAAGAUUCCAUCAAAUAAGGAAACUUUAGAUCCCCCACCCAAGAACACAAGCAAUGUAUGAUUUACACGGUGUCCCAGUGUCUCACUGGUAAAUGGUAAUCACAUAACGAACCAGAGA